UUUUGUCGAAAUUUGAAUUUCCGCUCUUCUGACCAACUCAAAAAGGCGCCCAAAAAUGAGUAACGCAGCGCACAACGGUUUUCGGAAUUUACGUCUUUGAGAGAUACGGUCCCUUUGCGAAGCACUUUUCAAAAACGGUUGACGACAAGCGGACGCGAGUUCAAAAGCGCGGGAGUUUCAACGCGCGAAAAGUUUUUGGAUCCGGCCAGUAGAGCGAGCGCACAAUGAAAAGCAAAUAAGGCGGCGCGUGUCGAGUGUUUAUAAUACAAUUGAUUGCAUCAAACCCAGUCGCCAGAGCAGCAUUUAAAAAACUCUUUUGCAUGCCCCACAUCUGCUGCCUCCGGAUGCCGCGGCGCCUGCAAAUUGUGCCGCGAUUUUAGCAACAACAGGUGUCAGACGAUGGAAAAUCUGCCAGCGAUUCGAAAACAGGAAACGGGCAACGAAGGACACAGAGGACGCAGGGGACGCAGAGGACACAGAGGGGACUGAAGAGAGCUGGCCAAGUCGAGAACGUAAUUAACAAGGAGUAGAGUCGUGUCUAAACGAAACAGCGGAGGGGGCCAGGACAUACAAAAUGAACGAAAAUGUUGCAUCUUCAUAAAGAAAAAGUUGCUGCCAAGGACCCUGAACCCUCAUCAGCGAAGCGAACCGAUUCCAUUUGAAUUAAGCGUCACCCAGAGAGGAGCAGUUCCCCCCGCGUAAUGUACACGCCCCCCGGCCCCGCUCCACACGGUAACCACCACUCAAGACAGCUGCCACUGCCACUGCCACUGCCACUGCUCCUGAUCCUGCUCUGUCUCCUGCCGGCCAAUGGGGAAGUGUUCACGCUGGGCUACCUCACGGGAUCGCAACGGCGGCCGGGCAACCUGGACUACCAUCGACCCGGUCUGACCAUCUCGGGCGCCAUCUCGCUGGCCGUGGAGCAGGUGAACGCGGGCCGGCUGGGCGCCCUGGGCCACUCGCUGGAGUUUGUCGUGGCCGAGACCUUCGGCGAUGAGGUGGCCAGCAUCCGGCAGACGGCGGCGCUGUGGACGCAGCAGGUGGCCGCCUACAUUGGGCCGCAGGAGACGUGCGUGCACGAGGGGCGCAUGGCGGCGGCCUUCAACCUGCCGAUGAUAUCCUACUACUGCACCCAUCGCGAUCCCUCGAACAAGGGGGACUUUCCGACGUUCGCUAGGACCCGGCCGCCGGACACGCAGAUCUCCAAGUCGGUGGUGGCCCUGCUGCUGGCCUUCAACUGGACGCAGGUGAGCUUCCUCUACCUGGACGAUGCCAGCGGCCAGUACCAGCCCGUGGCGGAGACCAUCUUGAGCACGCUGAGUGCGGCCGGCGUCAGCAUUCGGGACGUCCGCACCUGGAACACCAUAUACCAUCACGGGUUCAUGGCCAAUCCCUUUGAGGCGCUCGUGGAGCAGACCCAUGUCAACACGCGCAUCUACCUCAUUUUGGGGCACUACUACGAGCACGUCGGCCUAAUGGUCUCGCUCCAGAGGAGGGGACUGCUCUCCGCAGGCGAUUACUUCGUGGUGGGCAUCGACAUCGAGCAGUACGAGCCGGCCAAGCCCGAGAAGUAUCUGCGCGGCCUGCUGCUGGAGGAGGUGGAGCCGCUGGCCGUGCAGGCCUUCCAGUCCUAUCUGGGCAUCGUGCCCACAGCGCCCGUCUCCUUCGCCACGUUCGCCCAAGAGGUCAACAAAUACAUGGAGCGACCGCCAUUCAAUUUCCCCAAUCCGCUGGGUCUUUUCGGAGGCACUAAGCAGAUAAGCGCCGAGGCGGCCUAUCUCUAUGAUGCCGUGCAUCUGUACGCCAAGGCUCUGCUGGAAGUGCUGGAGUCGGGCGGCCGGCCCAAGAACGGCAGCGCCAUUGUGUCGGCCAUCAAGGGUUCGCGCUAUCGCAGCGCCAUGGGCUACCACGUCUACAUCGACGAGAACGGGGACGCGGCCGGCAACUACACAGUAUUAGCCAGGGGAACGGCGAGGAACGGCCGCAACCAGACGGUGCUCGGACUCCGGCCCGUGGGCACCUUCGGUCACAGGAACAGCAGCCUCAGCAGCAUCAGCGAGGCGCUGCCCCAGCAGGAUCUCAAUCUGUUCAGCCCCAUCGACUGGGUGGGCGGUGCGCGUCCGGCAGCUGCUCCACGCUGCGGCUUUGGCGGCGAGAAGUGUGUCAAUUACACGGGCGAAAUCUCUGCGGCCAUUGCUGGGGGAGCGCUGCUGCUGCUGGGCGUGGUCUCGCUGGUCCUGUACCGGAACUGGCGCUACGAGCAGGAGCUGGACAGCCUGCUCUGGAAGAUAGACUUUCGCGAGGUGCAGAUGCACGAGAACGAGAGGGAGCAGCAGAGCCAGAAGCAGACACGCCUUUUGCUAAAUCACUUGCCGCGUCGUCUUCCUCCGCAGUCAACCCAUCCGCUGAUACGCACCAGCCAGGUCAGCCUCAGCUCCAAUCCGGAUGCCGACUUCCGCUACACGACCAUUUUCACGCCCAUCGGCCUCUACAAGGGCCAGCUGUACGCCAUCAAGAAAGUGCGCAAGAAGAGCGUCGACAUCACCCGCGAAAUGAAGAAAGAACUGAAACUGCUGCGCGACGCCCGCCACGACAAUAUCUGCGCCUUCAUCGGCGCCUGCACGGAUCCGCCCAACAUCUGCAUCAUCAGCGAGUACUGCACCCGCGGCAGCCUUAAGGACAUUCUGGAGAACGAAGACGUCAAGCUGGACAACAUGUUCAUUGCCUCCAUGGUGGCGGACAUUAUUCGCGGCGUCAUCUAUUUGCACGAGUCGCCCAUACGCUUCCAUGGAGCGCUGUGCACUUCCAACUGCCUGGUAGACUCGCGAUGGGUGGUCAAGCUAACCGACUUCGGGCUGUUUGCCUUCAAGCAGGGCAUCGAGGACAGUUCCAUGGAUGUGCAGCACAUGUCGGCCAAGUGUCUGAAGCUGCUCUACCGCGCCCCGGAACUCCUCAGGCUGGGGCCUUCGUCACUGGUCAUGGGCACCCAGCGCGGAGAUUCCUAUUCCUUUGGCAUUCUGCUCUACGAGAUGCAUGUGCGGCGUGGACCUUUCGGGGAGACUGGCCUGACGGCCAUGCAAUGCCUGCAGAAGGUGCUCCAGCCGCAGGAUCAGCUGAAUCCCUACAGACCCUCCCUGCAGCCCCUGGAGACGGCGUUCGACUGCGUCAGCGAGUGCCUGCGGGAGUGCUGGUCGGAGAGGGCCGAGGAUAGGCCGGAUUUCAAGACAAUCCGUGCCAAGCUUCGGCCCCUGCGCAAGGGGAUGCGGCCGAACAUCUUCGACAACAUGAUGGCCAUGAUGGAGAAGUACGCCAACAACCUGGAGGCCCUCGUGGACGAUCGCACGGACCAGCUGCAGGAGGAGAAAAAGAAGACUGACGCAUUGCUGCACGAGAUGCUCCCGCGCUGCGUGGCCGACCAGCUGAAGAAGGGCCACAAGGUGGACCCCGAGCACUACGAGCAGGUCAGCAUCUACUUUAGCGAUAUUGUCGGCUUCACGGCCAUGUCUGCCGAGUGCACGCCCCUGCAGGUGGUGGACUUUCUGAACGAUCUCUACACCUGCUUCGACUCGAUCAUCGGCCACUACGAUGUCUACAAGGUGGAGACCAUAGGCGAUGCAUACAUGGUGGUGUCCGGCCUCCCACUCCGCAACGGGGAUCUGCACGCGGCCGAGAUAGCCACCAUGUCGCUGCACUUGUUGAGUGCUGUUUCCGAGUUCAAGAUCCGGCAUCGGCCCACCAAUCGUCUGCUGUUGCGUAUCGGCAUCCACUCGGGGCCUGUGUGUGCCGGCGUCGUGGGCCUGAAGAUGCCGCGAUACUGCCUCUUUGGCGACACCGUCAACACCGCCUCGCGCAUGGAGUCCAGCGGCGUGCCCCUGAAGAUCCACUGCAGCGGGCAGUGUCGACAGCUACUCGAUCGCCUGGGUGGCUAUCACUUCCAGGAGCGUGGUAUGAUCUCGAUGAAGGGCAAGGGCGAGCAGCGCACGUACUGGCUGCUGGGGGAGGACGAGGAGGCGCGUACUCGCCGCACCUACGAACGAUCCCAGCGAAGGGGCUCGCGAGCCCUCAACAAGUUCAUUCAGGGCACCAUCAAGCAGGCCCAGGACCAGGCCAACGAGUACGGCAUACGGUCCUCGCUGAAGCAGAAGAACCUGCCACGAAACUCGCUCACCCGAUCCUCCAGCCUGGAGUCGCCCAAGAAGCUGCGGUUCGCUGCGGGCAGUCUCCUCGAACAUCAUCGCUAUCACAGUGACGAGGCCCUGCUCGAGGUGGAUUCCUACACGGGGCUGCGCCGCUCCUCGGGGGGAUCCACACACUCCCGCUACGAGGAGACGACGCUGUCGCUGACCUUGUCCUGCCAGAGCAUCGAGGUGGUGAGCGUCCAGCAGAAUCAGCGGCGUCCCUCCUCAUAUCCGACUGCCAACACUCCGCUGCUCCUGAACCAUGUGGAGGUGUGAGCAGGCGAACAGGAGGCCGUCUAGUACUUAUAGUAUAACCCAACUACAGGGAUCUUAGUGGAAUUUGUGUUCAGUAUGUUUAGCCAAGUAUUUUGAUCGCUUUUAGUGUUGUUAGGACCAGGCACAGACCCAGCACAUCGCAUCCCAUCGAAUUCCCGUUGGCAUGUUCCGCUGGGUCUGUGCCGCGUCAAGUAUGUAAUUGUGGUAUCUGUAGCAUCAGCAUAUUGUGAGAGUGAUUAUAAAUCUAGUCGUUGUCUAAACAAAUCCAAUCGCUAACCUUACCUAAACCGAAUAGUCAAUAACCUAAUGGAAUUUUUUUGUAGUUAUUUAUUUGGUUAACUUAAUGGAUGAAUAAACUGGAGAAAGUACUCGUAAAGCUGUAA